GCCGUUGUGUUGCUGUGGUGCGCUUGACUCGUACACACAUUUCGCAAGCUAGUGUUGUAGUUGUUGCUGCACUGCUGCCGCUAGCUUGAUAUACUUCAUAGCGCUGAGUGCGAGCGCGCUCAGUGCUCGUUGUUUGUGCUUGUGUGCGCGCAUGUGUGUGUGUGUGUGUGUUUAUCUGCCUAUCGGAGUGUCGUCGGCAGCGGCUAUUAUUUACCCCCGCCAAGUGUAGUUGCCGUUGUGAUUGACAAGCCCAGUGUGUGUUUGCCUUCGAAACGCGUACAACGUGUGCUGUGUAGAAAGCGAAAUAUAAUAAGCGUAAAUUUCCAAUUCAUUUUGUGUGCCCAAACAAAAAAUCGCAACAAUAACAAUACGAAAAUUCUACUUUACAAUUGCACAGUCUACAACGGUAACGUGUAACGCGAUUUAACGGUUAAUAAAUAAAUAUUUUUGAAAAUUGCAACAAACACGCGGCAUAAAUUCGUACAUUUCGUUCAACUUUACAAACAUUACGGUAUAUAUUUUUUUGGAAAAAAAACAAAAACAAUUUUUGCAAAAUAUUUUGCAUUUUUCUGCUUUACCGCUCUGAAAUAAAUAAUUUACAAGUGUGUGGCAGUUGCGCGCGCCUAAAAGUGCAACGAACGUCGCAAAUUCAACGCUGCUGCAUUGCCGUCGCUAGUGGAGCGUUUGGCAUGCAUUAGCAGGACUUUUGCAAGUUGACAGGAUUUCGACGCAGCGGGCGCUCAUAAGACGCACGGCCGGACGGCAUACACAGUGCAGUGCAACGGCAGGCAGACGGCGGGCAGCGUUGUUAGCCAUUUCGUCAGCCGCAGUCAGUUAGUCGGCGGCGUGUAGGUGCGCGUUCAAAGAAGUGCGCCUUGUGCUGCAGUUUGUGUGUGUUUUCUUCAGUCGAUUUUCGUGAGUGCAGCAGCAGGUCGCGCCGAGUUAAACAGGCAAGCCAGGCCAGUCGAGUGCAGACAACUAAGCCGCAGAAAACAAAUCAUUUGCUAGUUGCUGCUGCCACUCUACGCGCCAAUGGAUUAAAAAACGCAAAAUAGAAAGGAUUUCGCAUAGAAAUAAGAAAACUAAACUUAUGCGCGAAAGUACAUUACAAAUACAAUAAGCUUCAGUAAUCCAAAAACAAAAAAACAAUUUUAGCCUGUCUAAGAAAUGUGCUUGCAUUUGAUUUGUGUGUGAAACUUUUAAUUUGCCAUAAACAGUUAUUUAUUUGCUUACGUUCAUUUGCGAAUUUAUCCAAUCGUCGCUUUGAACAAAAUAUUUUCUUUUUGUUGUGUGAACAAAACAUAAGUUUUUGUAAGCGCCUUUGGCAGUGCUAGCCGCCAUGUCAGUUAGUGAAACGCGUCGGUAAUUAAAGUGUGAUAAACGUCGCGGUCGUCGGUGACAAAUCGUGAAAAAUUCGUGAAAAACAGCAAAACUGACAAUUCGUAGUGCAGCGCUUUGCGUGAAAGUCAAAUCUUACAAAAAUAUAAUUUGCUUAUAAAUUUUUUGUAGCAAAAAAAACAAAAACAACAACAAAACACAACCAAUUAUUUUACAUAAAAUAAAUAAGAGCAAGUCAAGAAGUAGCAGUUUAGAAUUGUUAGAGGAAGCAAGCGAAUUCCUACAAAGUUAUUGACUUGCAAGGAGAGCGAGCGUACGAUGUCGAUGAAGCUGUGAUAUUUGUGAGCAUAUACACGCUAACAACAACUACUACUAAGACAGGACGUGGCAAAAACGCCACUGAUGUACUAGAGGAAUUUUCUAAAAGCAAGCAAGCAAACAACAACAACAAAGGAAGGCGUUCAAAAUUUUACCUACAACACAAAAGCAACAUAACUUUUCCACGGAAACUUUGUAUACGAGCAACUGCAACAAAAACAACGAGUGUUACACAAAAAAAAAAGAAACAAAAAAAUCUUAAGCGGUAUUGACAAGCCAGCAAAGAAAGCAACAAACAACAACCACAACAGCUAAAACAAGCAGCUAACGCUAAAAUGUAUUUAUGACAGCUGCAACAAUAUAUGCAAAUAAUACAAGCUGAACCGCAACAACAACAAUAAGCAGGCAAAAAGGUACACCAGAGAUUUGCGCUGAAGUCAAAUGUCAAGCCGCUGAGCAGGAAAGCAAGAAGCAAACAACCAACCAACAACAACAAAAACCAAUCCCGAAGCAAUCAAGUAUACUAAAACGCAAAAUUAUAUACGAGCACUAAGCGCUAAACCAACAAAACUAAAUAUUAUCUAAUAAAAUUAAAUGUAAAGGAAUAUUUAUUGCAAAAACAAAACAAUAUACAAGCAUUGUAUACGAUUUUAAAAGCAAAUUUAAUUAAUUACAAAUUAUAAUUAAUUAUAACAAACAACAACAACAGUCGAGGAAGAGCAGAAACUCCUCAAACGGCAAAGUUAGCAAAAUAACAAAAACAAAAAAUCCAUAAUAACAAAAAAAAAAAACAGUUAUACACAACAAUCAACUGCAAUACAAGUAAAUAUAAAAAAUAUAUAAAAAGUGCGCCAAGCAUAUUUAAAAUAAAUAAAUUAAAACCUAAAUAAAUAUUUUACUUGCAACAAAAAUCCAACAUAUGUACGUUCCGUCGCGUUUUACCGUCGCGUGUGUCGUUCGAGUUAUCUCCAAACCACCCACAAAACCAAUAAAUUGCAAACAAAUGUGCCUGUGUUGCAGUAAAAUUGCAAAAUAAUCUCAGAAUUAGAAAGAAAAGAAAUAAGAAACAGCAGUGUGAACCAAAAAAAAAAUUUGCAUGAAGCGCUUGCAAAUUGAGUCGAGAGUGUUGUGUGCCGUAGUUUUGCAAUAAAACUCAAAUAAGUCAAAAUAACAAAAAAUACAAUUUUCAUAAACUACAGUUAGCAGCGCCAAUUAGUGGACUUGCGAGUCGGCCACCGCCAAGAAAAGCCCGCAACAGCAACUGCAACCAAAGAGAAACAACUCGGCAAACGUUGCAUAGCGCGUGCUGCUUGCAAAAGUGGCACAGGUCGGGCUGGACAUCGCUCCCAGAGCAUUAAUGGCUCAACCUAGGUAUGAUGAUGGCCUGCAUGGCUAUGGUAUGGACUCGGGUGCUGCAGCAGCUGCCAUGUACGAUCCACAUGUCGGACAUCGGCCGCCCGGAUUACAAGGCCUCCCCACGCAUCAUUCACCGCACAUGACACACGCUGCUGCGGCGGCGGCAACAGUUGGCAUGCAUGGCUACCACACUGGCGCUGGUGGUCAUGGUACACCUAGUCAUGUAUCACCGGUUGCUAAUCACUUAAUGGGCGCAAUACCCGAAGUACAUAAACGUGAUAAGGAUGCGAUCUAUGAACAUCCACUAUUCCCGCUCUUGGCGCUAAUAUUUGAAAAAUGUGAGCUGGCCACAUGUACGCCCCGAGAACCUGGCGUGCAAGGUGGUGAUGUCUGUUCGUCAGAAUCAUUCAAUGAAGAUAUAGCAAUGUUCAGCAAACAGAUAAGAUCACAGAAACCCUACUACACAGCGGAUCCCGAAGUCGACUCACUGAUGGUGCAAGCAAUACAAGUACUUCGGUUUCACCUUUUAGAGUUAGAAAAAGUGCAUGAAUUAUGCGAUAAUUUCUGUCAUCGAUAUAUCUCAUGUUUAAAGGGUAAAAUGCCAAUAGAUUUAGUGAUUGACGAACGGGACACCACCAAACCACCAGAAGUAGGUUCAGCUAAUGGUGAAGGAAGAAGUAAUGCCGACUCGACAUCGCACACCGAUGGAGCUAGUACACCAGACGUUCGGCCCCCUAGUUCACAAUUGUCAUAUGGUGGCGCCAUGAACGAUGACGCUAGGUCGCCGGGCGCUGGUAGUACACCUGGCCCACUAUCACAACAACCACCUGUCUUAGACACAUCAGACCCUGAUGGUAAGUUCUUAUCAUCACUAAAUCCUUCAGAACUAACAUAUGAUGGUCGAUGGUGUCGAAGAGAAUGGUCAUCACCUGCCGAUGCUAGAAAUGCAGAUCCCUCAAGGCGAUUAUACUCCUCAGUCUUCCUCGGCAGUCCUGACAAUUUCGGCACAAGUGCAAGUGGUGACGCCAGCAAUGCCAGCAUAGGCAGCGGCGAGGGCACAGGCGAAGAGGAUGACGAUGCGAAUGGUAAAAAGAACCAAAAGAAACGUGGCAUUUUCCCAAAAGUAGCAACAAAUAUCUUAAGAGCGUGGCUGUUUCAGCAUUUAACGCAUCCCUACCCCUCCGAGGAUCAGAAAAAACAGUUGGCGCAAGAUACCGGCCUAACGAUACUGCAAGUGAACAAUUGGUUUAUUAACGCGAGGCGAAGAAUUGUGCAACCAAUGAUCGACCAAUCGAAUCGCGCAGUCUACACACCACAUCCGGGUCCAUCGCCGUACGGUCAUGACGCCAUGGGCUAUAUGAUGGAUAGUCAAGCGCAUAUGAUGCAUCGUCCACCCGGUGAUCCCGGUUUCCAUCAAGGUUAUCCACACUAUCCACCCGCCGAGUAUUAUGGCCAGCAUUUGUAAUUAACCGAUGUAGUUGAGAGUCAGGACUAUAGUCAAAGUCAUGGGCAAUCAACUUUGGAGGUGGCGACAGCAACAGAAGUAGCAGCAGCAGCAGCAGCAGCAGCGGCGGCCGCCUUGGUGUCCACACCAACACUAUCAACAUAGCAAAACAACAACAACAAAUAUGUAAACUAAAGUAGUUAAAAAGCAAAAAACAACAAAAGCACCAAAAUACUAAUGAAAAAAAAUAAAUAAAAAAUGAAAAUCAGCACACCAUUAUCUCAAAAAUGCAAACAAAGAACACUCGUGCUAGCAAAAAUUGCAUAAGCGUCAGUGAAAAAUCGUCUCUCAAUCCCACAUGCAGCGGCAGCUGUACGCUACAACAACGCAUGCACCACAACUAUUGCUGCAAAAUGGCUGGCGAAUACAUCAAACCCCAAAAAAAUAAACAGACGUUACACUCAUCUUACAGAACUUUGACUACAACUACAAAUAUGGCAGUGCAACCAGCUUUAUCAACACACACACACACAUCUAAACAUUUUGCUUUACCAACGCCUAUCGCCUCAUAGACAUACGUAAUCGGACUUGAAGCGCAGCUAAAAUUAAAUCCCUAAAAUUUCUAUAAAAGUUCUAACAAAAAGUUCGUAAAAUUCAAGGAGACGCUGCAGUAUUUGCUUAGGCUUUGAAGGACAUUAUAGCCUGGUUAUUUCGCCUCAAAAGUCGCUUGAGUUCUUUAAGCAAUUUGUGUGUCCAAACCAAAAGCUGCAGCAGAUCGUAACCAAAGUUCUACACUGGAACAGUAAAAGCCCAAAAAUAUCGAAAUUCACAAAAUUGCAGAUGACAAAAAGCUUUUAAGUACUUAGAACAAAUUGUAAAUAGCAAAUAUUGAGAAAAAAUCGAAUUUCCUAAGAGAAUAGAACACAUUUGUUGAUACAAAACUUACGAACAGUUGUAAGCUGCAAUAAUUAUACAAUUUUGAUAACUUUAAAAAAUGAUUGAAAACAAUACAAAAGCAUAAGUUUAGCUUAAAGAUUUAUUUCAGAAUUGCGGCAAUAGUUGUUUGAUUUAUGCAUUAUAGCCACUUUCCAUUCAAAAGCAAGUUUUUACAUUUUUCGAGCGCUUUCUUAGAGCUUUCUCACAAGCUUUCACAAUACAAAAUACAAGAUUUUAAUUUUUAUAUUUCUUAUAAAAGAGCACUUAUGAUUUUUGCAGAGCUUUUUAAGAGCUUUUUCAUAAGCUUUCACAACAAUAGUUACUGGUUACACUUUUAGAGCUUUUUGAAAGCUUUUUUCUAAACUUUCACAACAAUAGUUUUUGCAUAUAUUUGUACAGCUUUUUGAAAGCUUUUUCCUCAACUUUCACAACAAAAGUUUUUGCAUAUAUUUGUAGAGCUUUUUACUAAACUUUCACUACAAUUGUUACUGCAUAUAUUUUUCUAAAUUUUUACUAGCACUCCGCAAUGCUUUCUUCUCAAACUCUUGCAAAAAUUACUGCAACAACUCUCCACUUAUACCGUUACAUACACUAUAUACCCCACACACAUGCAGUCAAAGUUCAAAUUUGAGCGUAUUACGCAGAAAGUUGUUGAUCUCCUUAAUAAAUGCGACUUAAAAGCAAGUACACGGUGUAAAAGCAUACAAAUAUACAUACAUACAUGCAUAUAAAAUAAAAUGUAUGGUAACUGAGCAAACAAAAAGCACUUGAAUGCAUGCAACAUUAAAAUAAAACAAUGAAAAUAUUUAAACAAAUUGUGGCAAUAUCAGUUAAUUUAAAUAGUAAAAAUAUACAUACAUAAUAAAUGACUAAAAAAUAAAAACAAAAAAAUAAUAAUACAAAUAACUACAAGCAUAUGUAUAAAUAGCUACUAAUUCUAAAGUACAUAGUUACAUACAAACAUACAUACACAUACACACUAUUGAAACGAUGAUAUUAUUUUAAAAGCUUGAAAUACGGCAAACAAAUGCAAAGCGCAAAAAAGGCAAAGAAAAUAUGCAAAAAAAACACACGCAAAAGAUAUAAAUAUAAACUAAAUUUAGCAGCAAAUUUCAGAGCACACGAAUUUGCAAAAACAAAAAUGUGAAAAUAAACUUUGUAAAAAUUCAUAAACAAAUGCGUAAAUUAUUAUGUAAUUAGAAAUAAACCAACUUUAUAUGUUUGAAAGAAACACAGCAGAGAUAGCAACAUGCAAGGCAAGGCAUUCGCAAAGCCAUGCAGAAAACAAAAACAACACUUAACUGCGCAUGCGUUGUAAGUUAAACACGCCCACUUUGCAGCUACAAGAAAAAGAGCGCUACACACAUACACAUGCAAAUUAGAGGCGAAUUUUACAAACAUUGUUUUUGUUUUUGUCAGUGUAAACGCAAGUGUUACAGCCUGUGUAAUUGUGCGCAAGCCAAAAAACAAGCACGAAAUUCAAAUAUUACAGCAACAAAGCAUAAGCAAACUACUUAAGUCACGUUAAGUAAAAGGAAAUUAAAUUAAUACAUAUAUGAAUGGAUUUGUAAAAAAGCAACAACUGUAUUUGUAUGUAGAAUAAAAAAUUGUGUGAAAAGUUUAAUAUAUACAUAUAUGUAUAUAUAUAGAUAUUUAUAGGCACUACUGACCUAUGAAAUGAGUAUAAAUUUAAAUGGAGUUUUUUUUUUGAAAUAUAAUUAAGUUGCAAAAAGUGAGUCAGAAGCGUGAAAAACAGAACAAAUUUAAAGUUAAAUGCAAAAGGAAGUGAGCAAAGUAAGAUAUUAAAAAAAAGUAUACAAAAAAUGCCUUGCACAGCUACACACAGAGAAGCACAAAUAAAAACACUAAAAAAUCAAAUAUUGGCAACUAUGUAAAAAACAAAAAUAAUUUGUGAAUUUAUGAUUUCUUAUUUAUUUUUUUUUUUAUAAAAUUUAAAGAAUUUUUUGAUUUAAAAAAAGUAUUUUUUUGUAACUGAGUUUUUUAUUAAAAUUUUUUUUCAAAAUUGAGUUUUUUUAUAAGAUACAAAAAAAUAUUGUUUACUGUGUAAAAAACUAAUAAUUUUUGAGUUUAUUAUUUUUUUAAUUUUUUUUUUAGUUACUAAAUUAACAUUUUUUCCAAAACUGAGUUUUUUUACGAAAAAAUAUUAUCUGCUAUGUAAAAAAAUAAUAAUUUUGAUUUCUUAUUAAAUUUUUUUUUUUAUAAAAUUUAACCAAAUUUAUUUGACUAAAAUUCAACAAAAUUGAUUUUCUGCUAAAAUUUAUUUUAAAAAACUUAUUUUUUUUAUUUUAACAAAGUUACUGUGUUUAUUUGCAGCAUAUUUUCAAAAAUUGAAUAUAAUUUUUUUUUUUGUUAACAUUUUUUUUAAUUUUUUUUGUUCAAAUUUAAGUUUUUUUCAAUUUUUUUUUUGCUAAAAUUUAAAAAAAAAUUUUUUUAUUCAAAUUUAAAUUUUUUUAAAUUUUUUUACUCAAAUUUUUUUUUACAUGUUUUUUUCAAAAGUUGUGCUUAAAAAAAAUCGAAUUUUUCAUAAAAAGUGUGAAAGUUUCCAAAAAAUUAUUAAAAUUUUUAAUUUUAACAAAAAGAGACAUUCUAGUGUACCUUCUUAUUUGUUGAUGUUUUCUUUACAAUCUCACAAUGCAAAAAGGCAAAGCAUUCUUAAACGCAAGCGUUAAGUUAAAUGAGCGAAAAUGUUAUGUACUAUAAAAUAAUAAUAUGUAUUUAAAGGGAACAAAAGAAAUUUUAGUUUUAUCUUAUAUUUAGUUAAUGUUAAAGCUUAAUUUUAGUUAUAGUUGAAUUCGCUUAUAAUUGUUUACAACAAUAACGAAAAAAGCAACAAAACAACCUUUGAAUUUCAAGUAUGUGCGUAAAACAAAAUAACUGGUGUUUGUUUAAUCAUUUGAGAGAGAAGGAAAGAAAGAGAGAAAUAGUAUCCACAAUCUUGCUUUAUAAUGUUUAAUAUAACACUUAUGUAUGUAAAUUAAAUUAAAUUUUAAUUUUUUAGUUUAAGCACAUUAAGUUUGUUUGCGUUAUGUACUAAGCCACUACUUUAUUAUGAUCCUUGUCCUUGCCUCCCGACGCCUUCCACCUACAACCCUAAAAGCCCAAAUAUUGGCAGCUCAAGUUGUAAGCGCAGAUCAAAACACAUGCGUUUUUCUAAUGUAAAAAUAUGUUUCUAAAAAAUUUUAAUUUUAUUAUGUUUAGUUAAAAAAAAACAA